AUGGAGUUGCGAAAACCCUUCAUAUGCCGCUGGGUUUUCCUUUUUGUCAUCGUCUUUGCUCAAGUUGUCAAUGGUUUUUAUCUCCCUGGAAGCUAUAUGAACACUUACUCCAAUAAAGAUCCGAUAUUUGCCAAAGUUAAUUCGUUGACUUCAAUUGAAACUGAGCUUCCCUUCAGCUACUACAGCCUCCCUUACUGCCCACCGGAUGGCGGUAUAAAGAAAAGUGCCGAGAAUCUUGGAGAACUUCUCAUGGGAGAUCAGAUCGAUAACUCACCUUACCGAUUCCGGAUGAAUGUCAAUGAGACAGUUUAUCUCUGCACUACGUCCCCGUUGAAUGAGCAUGAGGUGAAGCUACUGAAACAGAGGACACGGGAUCUGUAUCAAGUGAAUAUGAUUCUUGACAACUUGCCUGUUAUGAGGUUUACCACCCAAAAUGGGGUUAAAAUCCAGUGGACAGGGUUCCCUGUUGGGUACACUCCACCUGAUGGUGGUGCAGAUUACAUCAUUAACCACCUUAAGUUCACGGUCUUGGUUCAUGAAUAUGAAGGAAGUGGAGUUGAAAUUAUGGGGACUGGGGAGGAAGGUUUGGGUGUUAUUUCUGAAUCUGACAAGAAAAAGGCAUCCGGGUAUGAAAUAGUUGGUUUUCAGGUUGUCCCUUGUAGUGUUAAAUAUGAUCCCGAGCUCAUGUUAAAGCACAAGAAGUAUGAUACUCUUUCUACCAUAAGCUGCCCGGCUGAGCUUGACAAGUAUCAAGUGAUAAGAGAGCGGGAAAGGAUAUCAUUCACAUACGAGGUUGAAUUUGUGAAAAGUGAUAUAAGAUGGCCAUCACGUUGGGAUGCUUAUUUGAAGAUGGAGGGUUCCCGAGUUCAUUGGUUCUCAAUCUUAAAUUCACUCAUGGUUAUUUCUUUCCUUGCUGGUAUUGUCUUUGUCAUUUUCCUAAGAACUGUGAGAAGGGACUUGACUAGGUACGAGGAACUGGACAAAGAGUCUCAAGCUCAGAUGAACGAGGAGCUCUCUGGAUGGAAACUUGUCGUGGGUGAUGUGUUUAGGGAGCCUAAUUGCUCGAAACUUCUCUGUGUGAUGGUUGGAGAUGGGGUUCAAAUUCUUGGAAUGGCUGGUGUUACUAUUGUUUUUGCAGCACUUGGCUUCAUGUCACCAGCAUCGCGAGGAAUGCUACUAACUGGGAUGAUUCUUUUGUAUCUUAUUCUAGGCAUAGCUGCAGGCUAUGUUAGCGUACGUGUAUGGAGAACAAUUAAAGGAACAACGGAAGGGUGGAGAUCAGUUUCCUGGUCGGCUGCAUGUUUUUUUCCUGGAAUUGCUUUCAUUAUUCUUACAAUACUAAAUUUCAUUCUAUGGAGCAGUAACAGUACUGGAGCCAUACCCAUUUCCUUGUUUUUUGAACUGUUCUUCCUCUGGUUCUGCAUUUCAGUUCCUCUUACCCUCAUUGGAGGAUUUAUGGGGACAAAAGCUCAACCAAUUGAAUAUCCUGUGCGCACUAACCAGAUUCCGAGGGAAAUUCCCGCACGGAAAUACCCAUCAUGGCUUCUUGUUCUUGGUGCAGGAACUCUUCCAUUUGGAACCCUCUUCAUUGAGCUUUUCUUCAUCCUUUCCAGUAUUUGGCUUGGGAGGUUCUAUUAUGUGUUUGGUUUCCUAUUGGUUGUGCUUCUAUUGUUAAUUAUUGUUUGUGCUGAAGUGUCUGUUGUCCUCACUUAUAUGCAUCUGUGCGUGGAAGAUUGGCAGUGGUGGUGGAAGGCAUUCUUUGCUUCAGGUUCUGUGGCUCUUUACGUCUUCUUAUACUCCAUUAACUAUUUGAUCUUCGACCUCCAGAGUUUGAGUGGACCAGUGUCAGCUACCCUUUACCUUGGCUAUUCACUACUCAUGGCCAUUGCAAUCAUGUUGUCAACCGGUACCAUCGGCUUCCUUAUGUCAUUCUACUUCGUGCACUACUUGUUCUCGUCAGUAAAGAUAGAUUGA